AUGGCCAAGUCAGCGCAAGGGAAGGAGCUUCUAGAGCUUUACGACAAGCUGCAGACCGCAGCGGGAAAGGCGGCGGAUUCGCCGGCGGACGAGGACCGCGCGCUGGAUCUGCUCGCGCAAAUGGCGGACUGCCACGUCAGCACGGAGAUUCUCAUGGAAACGCAGAUGGGGAAGCUGAUCCGCAAGCUGACGAAGCACACGUGCGCGGGGAUUCAGAAAGGCGCGGGGAAGUUAGUGGAGCAGUGGAAACAGGUGGUUGCCGCAGAGGCGCGGGGCGGGGGAGGCGGGAAGGAGAAGGACCAGGAACGGGGGAGGAAAGAGGGGGAGCGGGAGAGGAAGAGGUCAGGAGAGUCGGAACGGGGAUCUGAUGGGGGGAAGGAAGGGGGGAAACCGGGGCGGGGCGGAGACGACUCGACAGAGGACGGGAAAAGCGUGGGUAACGGGGGAAGCGGUGCGAACGGCGCAAACGGCGCGAGCGGGGGGAAGGAACGAGACGGAGCGAAGGGGAACGUGGCGGAGAAAGCGAAAGGCGCAGGAGGCGCAGCAGCAGUGCCGUUCAAAACAAAGAUGCUGAUCAAAACAGGGGACGUGAUGAGAGAUCGGCCGCGCGAGGCAGUGCUGCAGGCGCUGUGCCUGGUAGCGGGGGAGGUGCAAGGGGAGGAGGAGGAGCGCGCUAGAGCCGUGGAUGUCACUUCUGUGGCUAUGGAGGUCGAGACGGAGCUAUGGCGCAAGUAUGGCGCCACCAAGGACCUCAAGGACUACAAAAACAAGUUCCAGUCCAUCUUGUUCGACCUCAAGAGCCCCUGGAAUCAAGGCAAAACAGAACUCAACCUACCAAUCCCCUGCUUCCCCCACAAAACCCCUCCCCUCACACCUUCCCUUCCCCCCCACCAGGACUACAAGAACAAGUUCCGGUCCAUAUCAUUCAACCUAAAGGACCCCUCGAACCCGGACCUGCGGCGGCGCGUGCUACUAGGCGACGUAUCCGCGGUUGAGCUCGCCGUUAUGUCCCCCGAGGACAUGGCGAGCGACACGCGCAAGCGCGAGAACGAGGAGGUGAAGCGCAAGAAGACGUUUGAGGCGAUGCGCGGGCAGACGACGGGUGCGACGACAGACAUGUUCAAGUGCGGCAAGUGCAAACAGCGCAAGACCACGUACUUCCAGAUGCAGACGCGCAGUGCAGAUGAGCCCAUGACCACGUAUGUCACGUGCCUGGUGUGCCAGAACCGGUGGAAGUUCUGCUAA